UUUAGCUGCAAUGGCGAAAGCAUUAUUUCGCAACUUCCGAAGAGUUUCUUCCCUCCUCAAACCCUUGUCAUCGGACCCUUUCUCCCUCAGGUCGGUUUUUCCAGCUAAAGAAUCAAUUUUGUGUUCAAAUGCUCACUUAACUUCACUAAAACGGACAAACCCUUCAUGGGUAAUGAGAAAUUUCAGUCAUGGAACUGUGAGUCUUGUGAUUUCAGAAGGAAAACCUAAGUUUGAAACUCAUGAAAUAGACCCUCCUAAGAAGGAGAAGUGGAUGACUAAAAAGAGGUUGAAGUUGAAGAGAAAGAGAGAGAAAGAGAAGCGAAAAGCGGCCAAUAAGAAGGACCCACGUCGGCUUACUGUUAAAGGGAAGAAGAAGAAGCAGAAGUUUGCAAAUGCUGAGGAGAGAAUCAUGUACAAGCUUGAGAAGGCAAAAAUCAAGGAAGCCUUACUGAUUGAAAGACUUAAGCGAUAUGAGGUUUCAAAGCUUCAAGGUCCUGUGGUUAAACCACAUGAAUUGACUGGCGAGGAACGCUUCUAUUUCAAGAAGAUGGCACAGAAAAGAUCUAACUACGUGCCAGUUGGCAGAAGAGGAAUAUUUGGUGGAGUUAUUCUUAAUAUGCAUAUGCAUUGGAAGAAACAUGAAACUGUUAAGGUCAUUUUCAAGCCUUGUAAACCUGGCCAAGUACAUGAGUAUGCCCAGGAAAUUGCCAGAUUGAGUGGUGGAAUCCCAAUUCACGUCAUUGGAGAUGAUACCAUAAUAUUUUAUCGAGGGAAGAACUAUGUGCAGCCAGAAAUCAUGUCACCAAUAGACACGUUGUCCAAAAAAAGGGCACUAGAAAAAUCAAAAUAUGAGCAAUCACUGGAAUCUGUUAGGCGCUUUAUUGCCAUUGCAGAGAAGGAAUUGGAGCUAUAUUACAGACAUAUGGCACUAUACGGUGACCCGAAUGAUCGGAAUCCCAUUUCAAUCUUGGACGGUCCUACAAAAGUCGCCCGGGAAUCACAAAAACAUGAAAUGCUGAAAAGGAAAGGGCAUGGUUCCACCACUUAUAAUGUCUUUUCUCCAGGUAUUUCAGAACUAUCAAAAUUUGAAGAUGAAGACUUAUCGAUAAGUGAAUCAGAUUCCGAAGAUGAUUUAUUGUCUGAUUCUGAGUACUAUGGGAAAAGCCAAGUAAGCUUUUCUGGAACUCAAGAGAGCUCAUCAUCAACAAUGUUUGAAACUGUGUAUGACUCUAAGAAUCAAAACUUUUCUAGAACAAAAUAUUGAUGUGAAUAUUUAAUAUAAUAUCGAGUUGAGUGCUAGAUCCUGAUAAUUAAUCUUGAUAAACACCUCUUUAUUAGUUUUGCACCCUCAUUAAUAUAGAUUUUAUCAUGUUUAUUUUCUGAAAAAUGAGGA